AUGAAUCAGUGGCGUCGCUUCCAGUUCUUCGAGGACCGCUCGCCCGUCGGGCCGCUAGCCGACGCGCUCGCGCAGGGCGUGCGGUGCGGUGCGGGAGGCCGAGGCCGACUAGCCGUUGGCACGGAGAGCGGCUCGGUUCUGUUGCUAGAUCGGUCGCUGCAUGUUCGGCGAAGCUUCGUGGCUCAUGAAGCACCGGAGCUGUCGGCUGAUAGUGGGGAAAGAGGCAAGGGGAGCAGCAGUGAUGCUGUGCUAUGCCUGUGGUACCUUGGCAAGACUGCUGCUGCUGCUGCUGCUCCUCUCAAAACCCUCCUUGGCCCCCAUCCCCCUUCCACACACCCUUCUCUCCAGCAACGCAGCUGUCUGUCAACCGUGGGCAAGGAGGCAAAAGGAGCAGCAGCGUUGCUCUGUCUGUUGACAGUGGGCAAGGAGGCAAGGGGAGCAGCUGUGGUGCUGUGGGAUUUGGACAAGACUGCUGCUCCUGCUGUUGCGGGUGCCGGUGCUUCUUCAGGUGCUUCAGGCGCAGCAGUAGCACUGGAGGGGGGUGCCCCGGUGCCUUUACGGACGUAUAACAUCUUCUCAGACGCCUUUCCUGCUGCACAGAUCACAUCCUGUGCAAUCCGCGAGGCUCCUCAGCUGGGUUACCUCCUGGCCGUUGGAUUAGCCACAGGAGCCGUUGAUGUGCUGCUAGCAGAUUCCUCCAUGCGGAUCAAACGGCUGAGAAUCCCCCCCAACAGCAGCCAGGGGCAAGGCGGGGCAGUGGGAGCGGGCGGAGUGGGGGGCGCAGGGGGGAGAGAGGGUGCGGGGGAAGGCGGAGGGCGAGGGGGAGGGGGUGGAGAUGCGCUAGGUGUUGGGGAAGGGAGAGGAGGUAUAGCAGCAGGAGGAGCCGGAGCAGGAGCAGGAGGGAGGAGCGAGCACUCAGCUCUCCCCCCCGUUGCAGUCACAGGGCUGGGGUUCCGGAUCCUGGAUUCAGGCCCGCAGCUCUUUAUAGUCACGGGCGAGACAGUCACACUGUACACGCUACCCAGUGGCAUGUUUGGGGCUGCAGCGGAGGGAGGGUGGGCGGGGAAGGGAGGUGGAGGAGGAGGGGGAGGGGGAGGAGGGUGGGGGGUAGUGCUGGAGGAGAGAGGAGGGGAUGUGUUCUGCUCUGCCAUGACUGAUACCCAGGAUCUGGUGGUGGCGCGCCCAGAGGCCUUCUACUGUUUCAACGAGGAUGGCCCGGGGACCUGCUAUGGAAACUCUAUCCCUUCCUUUGUACUGCCUCUUCUCCCUCUCUUUGCCUCGUUCAUCCUCUCCUUCCCUCUCUCCCCCUUACCCAUCAGGAUCUGGUGGUGGCGCGCCCAGAGGCCUUCUACUGGUUCAACGAGGAUGGCCCGGGGACCUGCUAUGGAAACUCUAUCCCUUCCUUUGUACUGCCUCUUCUCCCUCUCUUUGCCUCGUUCAUCCUCUCCUUCCCUCUCUCCCCCUUACCCAUCAGGAUCUGGUGGUGGCACGGCCAGAAGCCUUCUACUGGAUCUGGUGGUGGCGCGCCCAGAAGCCUUCUACUGUUUCAACGAGGAUGGCCCGGGGGCGUGCUUUGGGCUGGACGGCCCCAAGCACCGCCUCGCCUGCCUGCGAGGCUACCUGCUCUGCCUGCACUCGCCGCCCUCCCCUCCCUCUUCUGCUGCUUCUGCUGCUACUGGUUCAGCGACGACUGGUGGUGGUGGUGGCAGUGGUGGCAGCGGCGGCGGUGGCGGCGGCGGUGCUGGUGGUGGUGGGAAUUCUGGAAAGCAGCAGCAGCAGCAGCAGCAGCAGCGAAUGAGCCUCUCAGUGUAUGACACACGUAACAAGCUGGUGGUCCACUCUGCGCCGCUCACCCCCGCCGCCUCUCUCCUCGCGCCCCUGCUGCUGCUGUGCGAGGGAGGCGCCGUGGUGCUCCUCUCCCUGCACAGGCGAGGCGAUGGCGCGGGAGGGGGAGGAGAUGCAGGAGGGGUCUCAGCAGGAGGAGGAGGAGGCGGAGGAGGGGGAGGGGCAGGAGGAGGAGCAACAGGAGGAGGAGCAACAGGAGGAGGAGGAGCAACGGGAGGGGGAGGGGCAGUGCGUGUGGAGGCGAGGGGGCUACUGCUGGUGGAGAGGGACAUGGCGUGGAAGCUGGAGGCGCUCUUUCGCAAGGGGCUCUACUCCAGUGCGCUGGACCUCGUGGUGUCCCAGGGAGGGGACGCUGCUGCCACGGCUGAAGUGUUGAGACGCUAUGGGGACCAUCUGUACGCAAAGCAGGCGAGGGGGUUGCUGCUGGUGGAGAGGGACAAGGGGCUGUAUUCGAGUGCGCUGGACCUUGUUGUAUCUCAGGGAGGGGAUGCUGCUGCUGCAGCUGAAGUGCUCAGGCGAUACGGGGACCACCUGUACGCAAGGCAGGUGAGAAACAGGUGUGAAUGGGUGAGAAUCGGCGAGGGGGGUACUGCUGGUGGAGAGGGACAUGGCGUGGAAGCUGGAGGCGCUGUUUUGCAAGCGGCUGUAUUCGGCGGCUCUCCUCCCUCCCCUCUUCGCCUCCCUUCUUCACAACAGGAUUAUGAGGAAGCAAUGGGGCAGUACGAGCGCACCAUCGGGCAGGUGGAGCCGUCAGAAGUGAUUCAUACCUGCACGCCCAGCGGCUGGCCCUUCCCUCCCACCCCACCUUCUCCUCAACCCCCCUCUUUCCGGCAGGACUAUGAGGAAGCAAUGAUUCAGUACGAGCGCACCAUCGGGCAGGACUAUGAGGAGGCAAUGCAGCAGUACGAGCGCACCAUCGGGCAGGUGGAGCCGUCAGAAGACUAUGAGGAGGCAAUGGGGCAGUACGAGAGGACCAUUGGCCAGGUGGAGCCGUCAUACGUGAUUCAACGCUACCUGCACGCACAGCGCUUGAGCCUGCUCGCCCGGUACUUGGAGCGGCUGCACGAUAAGGGCGUGGCCACUCCGGACCACACCACCCUGCUUAUCAACUGCUUCUCCCGCCUCAAGGACGUCUCCAAACUGGAUGCCUUCGUUUGGGCCGGCAUUGAUGCUCCCUCCUCCAAUACCCACUCCAUUGAACCAGCAACCACAACCAGUCUCAUGCUGCACUCCUGCCCAUCCCUCCACACCCACAUGCACCGCUCUCCCAUACCCGCUUACCAGGACGUCUCUAAACUGGAUGCCUUCGUCCGGGCCGGCUUCGAUUCCCCUUCCUCCGAUACCCACUCCAUCGAACCAGCAACCACAGACAGGCCCACACCUUCCUCUGCCUCCACUCUCCUCCUCUCCCUCUCCCUCUCACUCCCUCACUCCUCCUCCUCUCCCACCCUCCCAUACGAUCCCGACACGGUGAUCCAAGUCUGCUGUUCCGCCGGGUAUUACAGCCAGGCUCUUUUCGUAGCUCAGCGCGCCACUAAGCAUUCCGCUUACCUAAAAAUCCUGGUGGAGGAUCUACACCGCUACGCCGACGCGCUGGCCUUCAUUUCCGCCCUUCCUGACCGGGCGAAAAUUGUUUCGGCUGCCCGGGAAUACGGGCCGGUGCUGGCGGCUCACCUGCCCGAGGAAACGAUUUCUUUGUUCUUAGAGCUCUGCACGGGAUUCGGGAGCAGCAGAGACGGAGGGGGGAUGGGAAUCGGUACUGGCUUAACAGGUGGGGAAGGAUCAGGGGGAACUGGAGCAGGCCCCUCUCGGUUUAGGGAUAACAGAGAGUCUGCCUCUCCUCGCCCCAGCCCUGGUGCUUCUUCAGGUGCUUCUUCAGAUUAUGUUUCCUCUUCGUCUGAUUCUGAGCUUCCAAGCUUUGAGUCAGUUCUAAAAGCUGCUGCCGCCGGUGCCGGUGCUGCUGGUCCUGCUUGCAGUGAUAGCACGGGCAGCUCGUUUCUUUCAGGUGAUUCUGCCCGGACGGAUCCCGUGCGGUGGGCAGAACGAAGGAUGCUUCUCGGGCAGCAAAAAGAGAGAGAAGCAGCCAGCAGCAGCAGCAACAGCAGCAGUGCUGCAACCAACUCCUCUUUCAUCCCCCCUUCUCCCACCUCACUCACUUCUCCUCCUGCUUCUGCUGCCGCUGCUGCUUCUGCUGGAAGAGGAGGAACAGGAGCGAGCGGGGGGGAGGGGGUUGGUGAAAGGGGAGUUAUCGUGUCACCUAGGAGUGGAGAGGGUAAUGAUCGGGCAGCUUGCUUGGCGAAGGCAGGGGCGUUGCUGCGAGCCUAUUGGCAGCAGCAGUCGGCUCCUCGUUACGACGCUGACCUGGCACUGCUGACGUGUCAGGUCCAUGGCUUCAGGGACGGGCUAAUAUUCCUAUAUGAGAGAAUGCGGCUCUUCAAGGAGGCCCUGGCGAUGCACAUGCGGGAGGGCGACAGCAAGGGGCUCAUUGCUGCGUGCAAGCGGCUGGGGGAUGCGGGGAGGGGGGGAGAUCCGAGUGUGUGGGCGGACGUUGUGAGGUACCUGGGGGAACGGGGGGAGGCGUGCGGGGAGGAGGUGGCGGAGGUGUUGAGUGCGGUGGAGAGGGGUAACCUGCUGCCGCCGCUGCUGGUGCUGCAGGUGAGCUCAUUGCUGCGUGCAAGCGACUGGGGGAUGCGGGGAGGGGGGAAGAUCCGAGUGACACGUACAUAUGCAACCAGUCUCCCUCCUGCUCUCGCUCUCCCUCCUGCUCUCGCUCUCCCUCCUGCUCUUUGUCUCCCUCCCUCCUCACACCAGACUCUUUCGCACAACCCACACAUCACGGUGGGGGAAAUUCGGGACUAUGUGUCGCGGCACUCUCACAUGCACCCUCUCUGCUCCCUCUCCCUCCCUUCUCCUCCCUCUCCCUCCCUUCUCCUCCCUCUCCCUCUUGUUCCUCUGCCCUCCUUGGCUUGCCCCAUGCAGACUCUCUCGCGCAGCCCGCACAUCACGGUGGGGGAGAUACGGGACUAUGUGUCGCGGCACUUGCAGCAGGAGACAGCCAUUAUUGAGGAGGACAGGCGGGCGAUUGAGAAAUACCAGCACGAGACUGACAAGUACAGGAAAGAUCUGCACCAGCUCCUGACCGAACCUCUCGUCUUCCAGUCCUCCCGCUGUGCCGAGUGCAACUCGCCACUCGACCUCCCCGCCGUCCACUUCUUUUGUCUGCAUGCGUUCCACCUGCGCUGCCUUGCUGACCCAACCACGGCAGUAGCCGCCGCUACAGCCGCGGCUGCUGCCUCAAUGGCAGGUGACGUGGGGGGGGUGAGCGGGGGCGGAGGGGUGAUGGGAGGAGGCAUGGGAGGGGGAGGGUACGGCGGGGGAAGAGCGGGGGGGUAUGGAGGAGGGAUGGGAGAUGUAGGAGAGGGAGGAGAGGAAGGAGAGGGAGGGGAGGGAGGGGAGGGAGGGGAGGGAGGGGAGGGAGGGGAGGGAGGGGAGGGAGGGAUGGAGUGCCCCAAGUGUGCGGCAUCAUACCGGGUGGUGAGAGAGAUGCGGGUGGGGCUGAGGCAGAGUGCGGCGGACCACGACCGCUUCUUCCAGGAGCUGCAUGACGCCCGCGACGGCUUUGGUGUUGUCGCUCUCUACUUUGGCCGCGGUCUCGUGCGCGCGGAAGACGCCUUGUAG